CCGAUCCCUUAGUCUGCCAGCUUGCUGCUGUCUGCCUUAUCAGCGCUGCUAUACUGAUGCUGCACGGUGGCGCAGCCCAGAUCCAACGGAGGAUUUAAGAAUGGAAACGUGAGGCCAGCGGGCGUGCUGGAAGCGAGAAUUCGGGAUGGAAUAACCCAGAAUACAAUUCAUGAUGUUGGUUUGAUGCAUUCAUUUAACCUUAUGGAGAACAACCGCUGCUUGCCACUUGGCGGACCAUGAAGUCUCUCCUAACAGGAUUUUACUGACGCGCGUCGCUCCGGAUCAGGUGCGCCGGCGUUGUCGAUAUUUUCCCAACUUACCUGGGAUGAUGAUUUUUCUUUAUUUCUCACCGUAAGACGCAGUGCACAGCUGAGAGUGUGGAUUUUGACCUCAAAGUUUGGAUCGUCUCUUGACGGCAUUUUUAGUAAAGGGGAUGGCAGCUGUACACUGGAGACGUACGCGCUUUGGUUCACACGUCGGUUACUUCUGAAUAGAUGCGGUCCGUGUAGAUGCUCUGGUAGAUGGGUGUGUAUCUAAAUCCACAUCGUGGUUACCUGCCGAACUGACGGAUCGCUGUGUAUUCUCCCUGUCAGCGUCUCGUUUAUUAUGAGAAUCACUCCUCUUUCCUUUCCCGGGGAAAGUUUGACUCAGAUCCGGAGGAGGAUGAAGGCAGCGCCUUCUGCUGAGCUCAGUGAACGCCCCUAAGCCUGCUUUUAAUAUCAUUUAUCAUUUGUCGAUGGAUUUGUGAUUCGGAAUUUGAAGUCUAACUGGAGAAUGUGUAUCCAAACUGUGGAGCCCUGCUCAGGCUGGAGGGGAGAGCAGCGGACAUCCCGAUCCCUUCCUGGGACCACAGGUGUUCCUUGUAAACAGUGACUCCAGAUCCCAAGAUGCUGAGCUGUGGGUAGAGAGGGUGCCCUGUGGGUCCAGCUGACUUGUGUCCACCUCCCUGCAAACCCUCUCCUCAUCAUUUCCCACUUCCUAAUCUGCCUUUCUCCUCUUUUCCUUUUAUUCAUAUCCCUCCUCUUCAACGCUUCAUCCUCCCUUCUUUCCCCUUCACUCCGUCUCUUACUUUAUCCUCUUUUUUAAAAUCCCCCCUUUCACUUAACACUUCACCUUCACCACUAGCUGCCUCUCACUUUCCCCUCUUCCCUCUCCUGUUCCUACUGUAGUUUCCUCCUAUCCUCCCUCCUUCCCUCAUUCUCUUCACACCCCCUCCCAAACCAACCACCUUCUCUUCUUCCUCCCCCCGCAGCACACAUGCAGGCCAAGAAGCGGUACCUGCUUGUGUCUGUGGGGGCCGGUCUUCUCUUCCUCGUCUACCUGUGGGGUCUGCACAUCGAGGAGUUCCAGCAGCAGCCUUACCAAUAUCACCAGUUUCCCCAGUACCACCAGCAAGAAUACCAGUACUACCAUCAGAGCCAGGACAUGUUCCAGCCCCAGCCCCUGCCCCAGAGAAAUCCUUCAAGACCACCAAGGCACUGGCCAGAGUCGACUGAGCUGCUGGAGCCGUACCUGGAGGGGGGAGAGCAGGAGGAGGACAGCCCUCAGCUUCAUCACCAGCACACUUCCCCUCGAGAGCGGCGGGCAAUUCGUGAUAACAUCUACAAGAAUAAGCGCUGCCGCAUGGAAACCUGUUUUGACUUUGCUCGCUGCCAGUCGGGCUUCAGGGUGUUCAUCUACCCUCCCCAGAGAGGGGACGAGGUCUCGCAGACCUACCAGAAGAUCCUGUCCUCCAUCAAGGAGUCUCGCUUCCAUACCACAGACCCUUCAAGGGCCUGUCUGUUCAUUUUAGCUGUGGACACGCUGGACAGGGACCAGCUCUCGUCUCAGUAUGUCCAGAACGUCAGGUCCCGCAUCCAGGGCCUGCCGACGUGGAGUGAUGGCAGGAACCACCUCAUAUUCAACCUCUACUCUGGCACCUGGCCAGACUACACAGAGGAUCUGGGCUUUGAGGUGGGCCAGGCCAUGCUGGCCAAGGCCAGUGCAGAUGUGGUCAACUUCCGACCAAACUUUGAUAUCUCCAUCCCUCUAUUCUCCAAGGAACACCCACUGAAAGGAGGGGGCAUAGGUUAUCUGACUCUGAAUGACACUCCGCCAUCCAGGAAGUACCUGCUGGUUUUCAAAGGGAAGCGGUAUUUAACUGGCAUUGGUUCGGAGACAAGGAAUGCUCUGUAUCACAUCCAUAAUGGAGAAGAUAUUAUUCUGCUGACCACGUGUAAACAUGGCAAAGACUGGGAGAAACACAAAGACUCUCGCUGUGACAGAGAUAAUGAAGAAUACUCAAAGUAAGACACUUUCUUCAUCUCUUUACCUUG